GAGAUCAGGCCAAUAGCAUCAUAUCGAAUUUGCAGAGAUGGGGCAUCAUUCUUGCUGCAACAAGCAGAAAGUGAAAAGAGGGUUAUGGUCACCUGAAGAAGAUGAAAAGCUCAUCAACUACAUCACCACUUACGGCCAUGGUUGCUGGAGCUCUGUCCCUAAGCUUGCUGGUCUUCAGAGGUGUGGGAAAAGUUGCAGACUUAGAUGGAUCAAUUACCUAAGACCUGAUUUGAAACGAGGAAGCUUCUCUUCUCAAGAAGCAGCCCUCAUUAUAGAGCUUCAUAGCAUUCUAGGCAACAGGUGGGCUCAGAUUGCCAAGCACCUACCUGGAAGAACUGACAAUGAGGUCAAGAACUUCUGGAACUCAAGCAUAAAGAAGAAGCUGCUUUCUCAUGAUCUACUCCCCCCUUCUUUUUCUACAUUUUCUGAUCAUUUUCUUCUUCAUCAUCAUCACCAUCAUCAUCAUAAUGCUCCUGCUGAAACCUUCUUCCCUUCUUCAAACCCUAAUAAUCAUCUCCUCCUUAACCAGUCUCAUCCUCAGCCUGAUCAUCAUCCUCAUCAUCAGCUAUACCAUCCCAUUACUACUACUCCGUCACCAAUCCCACAAGCUCUCAAUGGUCUCCAUCAUAAAACUGAUGAUGUUAAAGUAGACAUUGCCAAUUAUGAUAAUCCCAAUAACAAUUUCCUUCAUGUCCAGCAGAAUCCUAUAUCAGAGACCACACCACCUAAUAUUAUUAUUCCAUACUGUGAAGAUGGCAAUAAUAAUAAUGAUAAUCAUGAUACGUGGUCAAUGUUGAAUGGUCUGAGUCAAGAGAAUAAUCAAAUUACCAAAAGUGAUGAUCCUCUACUUCAUCAUCUUGUUGCAGAGAAAUUCAUGAACCCAGGUUCGAUGUUAAUGCAGCAAUAUUGUGAUCCGGAUGAUGACAACUUGGGGGAGUCCAUUGUGCCCAAAAUCUGUAAUAGCUUUGAGGAUUAUGUGUUGAUGAGCAGUAGUAAUGCAGUCCCAUCAUCAUCUUCUUAUUCACAAGACUUAUUACAGGACCCUUCUCUUGCCGGAAUCCAUUGUUACCCACCAUCAUCUCUUUUUUCCCCACAACAAGAUCACCAUACUUUCUCAGCCAAUCAAAUGGAGUACAUUGAUGCAAUCCUAUCAUCGUUGCCGCCCUCCGCCACAAACCCUAUUCUUCCAUCCAGCUUGGAGCCUUGA